AUGAAAAAACUCCUGAUAGCCAACAGAGGCGAGAUCGCAGUGCGCAUCUUGCAAGCUGCCCGCGAGCUUUCACCCCCGGUCCAGACCGUCGCCUUGUCGACCCCCAACGACACAUCGCAUUGUCUCCUGGGCCACCCCGACCAGACCAUCUCGCUCCCCUCUGCAGCCUCCUAUCUCGACAUAUCUCUGCUCGCGCAAAUCUGCCAGAGACAUGCCAUCGACACUGUCCACCCAGGCUACGGCUUCCUCAGCGAAUCGCCCGAGUUCGCUCGCCGCAUGCACCAGAUUGGGGUGACUGUCAUCGGACCAGGGGCCGAGAUCCUCGAGCAAACAGGCGACAAACUGCAAGCCAAAGCGCUCGCUACGUCCUGCGGCGUACCAGUUCUGCCAUCCCAUUCCGCGCAAUCUCUCGACGAGAUCCGCGCGUUCGUCGAGAACGUGGGAUACCCCGUCAUGAUCAAAGCAGUCGACGGAGGCGGCGGACGGGGCAUCCGGCUGAUCCACCAGCACCAAGCAUCCGAGCUGGCAAACCUGGUAGCAAGAGCGCGGAGCGAAUCCCCCUCGCAGACCGUCUUCGUCGAAAAGGCCGCCGUGGACGGCUUCCACCACGUCGAGGUACAGGUCCUCGGCGACGGGACAGGGACCGUCCACCAUCUGCAUGAACGAGACUGCAGUGUGCAGCGACGGUUCCAGAAGAUCGUCGAAUGUGCUCCGUCUCUUCUGGACCGGUCGAUUAUUGAGAAAGUCAGUGAGGCGGCGCUGCGCAUCGCCCGCACCAUCCGGUACCGAUCACUCGGCACGUUCGAGUUCCUCGUCAGCGAGCGCACGUCGGAUUUCUACUUCCUCGAGAUCAAUCCCCGGCUGCAGGUCGAGCAUACCAUCACCGAGGCCGUGACGGGGGUGGAUCUCGUUCAGGCGCAGCUGCGAUUAGCCCGGGGAGAACCCCUACCGCAAAUCCUGGCUGAGUCUAUUCCAACACCCUCAGCACGAUCCAUCCAACUCCGCCUCUGCGCUGAAGACCCCAGCGCCAACUUCGCGCUGAGCAUCGGCAAAAUCACCGACUUCUUCGUGCCACCCGGCCACGGCGUCCGCGUCGACACGCACCUCUCCCCGCCAGUAACCGUCGCCUCAGACUUUGACAACCUCCUCGCGAAAAUCAUCGUCACAGCCUCGAGCUGGGAGGCCGCUGUGCGAAAGGCGCGGCGCGUGCUGAGCGAUACCCGUAUCGAAGGCGUCAAGACGAACCUGCCCCUGCUCCGGGGGAUUGUCUCGUCCGAGGACUUUCUAGCGGGGAGGGUCGACACGCAGUGGCUGGAGAGGAAUCUUCCGGCUGUCCUGGGAAUGGGCGAACGCAUCUCCGCCUCGCUUGUCUCGGUUCACCAACCGUCCCAACCGGCGUUACAGCUACCGACAUCCUCCCUCCUCUUCCGCCGCGGCGAUGCAUGGAGCAUCUCCCUCUCCCCUCUAGCCCUAUCCCCGACGUCAAAAGAAGAGGCUGAAACCAGACACCACCUGCGUCUCUCCCGCGUCCUCCGCAAUGACUUUCCCUCCUCCCUAACCGCCGAGAUCGAGUAUACCACGCCAUCGGCGUCAACUCCAUACAAACUCCACCUCGCAGCCACAGGCGCAAAUACAACAGCUAGCGCCCUCGUCUCGGGCCAUCGUCGCGGUGACCCGUCCAACCCGCGGCAUAUCGUGCUCCCGCUGUCUGGGAAGUUGAUCGAGGUGCUGGUGAAGCCUGGUGAGACCAUCGCGCAAGACCAGGUUGUUGCGUUUGUGAAGCAGAUGAAGAUGGAGCUGGAGGUGAGGAGUCCGCGGGCGGGACGUGUAAAGUGGGUAUUUGAGGUGAGGGAUGGGGAGGAGGAUGUGGUUGAGGGGAUGUUACUCGUCGAACUCGAUACUGUCUCUGUGGGUGUGACUAAGGGGAAGCUUUGA